UCUGGGGCCUCUGCCUCCAACUCUCGCGUUCGCUGUCUAAUUUCUCUUUGGUUCACCCAUUCUUUUUUGCUUUUUGCUCUUUUAUCCAUUAAUUUAUCCCGACUGAAGACGCUUAUCUUCCGUUCUCCUUCAGUCCCACCCCACACUCAUCACUGCAGUUCUUUUCCUCCAAACAACACCUCAUUCUGAGAGCCGCCGCCGCCGCCGGGUGAUACUCUGUUUAAUAUUGGGAGGACUUAAGUUUACUACGUAGUAAUAUAAAGAUGUCUAAAAAGGGUGGAGCAGUGCUGCAAAAAGAUGUGCCCUGGAGGGCCUCAUCCCCUGCAGCCAAGCCCCUCCCCAAAAUCCACCAAUCUCCUCUGCUUCGCCUUCCUCAGACCCCUUAUUCCGAUUAUGCCCUCUCCCUCAUGAAGCACCAAAAUCCAAUUGGAAGCGGGUUAGGGCAGGAGGCUAUAGUGGAAGCUGCGGGUCCAGACUGUAUUGUACCAGGCCAGACUCCGCCCAUUAAAUUACUUGGUCUUAAGGUGUGGCCUAUUGACAUUGACCUGAAGUUUAUGGAACCUGUUGGGCGAGAGCUCCAGUUAGUUGGCAAGUUCAUGGAUUCGGCUGUUGAACUUAUGAACAAGUCCUUUAUUGACCGCUAGUGGUGUUUAGGCUGUGAGAGAGGAUGGGACAUGCCUUAUAAAAGCGAAGCAAACUCCAAGUGUAGUUGGCCCUGUAUUUUUCCCCGUCCAGUUUUGAUUGAUACUCUGGAACUUUUUGUACUGAAGAGGCACAUAUAGUGAAGGAUUUGUGCCUUCUCUCCAUGCACUGUCCACACCCACGCUCCACGGGGUUUCAAACCUGGAUGUCAUGUGGAGCUAUAGAGUUUAAUUUGUAUCUGAACUUGCUCCUCUCGAUGUUUACAUUCUAGUCGAGUUUGUUACUGAAAGAUCGUACCCAAUUCAUUCACUGGUCUAGAAUAUAGAUGUUUUUAGAGUAUGGGGGUAUUAUCACUUCUGGUUGUGGAAAGGAGAUGCUCGUUUAGAGGUUGCGUUAGUUUCUCAAACUCGAUAAUAACGGGGAACAGCAGUAUAUCUUUGUUGUAGAAUGUCAGAACGUGGGAAGAAAACCAAAAUUGCAGUACA